UGCAGUUCCGCCCACCUUCGCGCACACCGGUAGUGUGAGGUGCAUCUGGCCGGGGUCUGGAUACUUCUGCAUACAAUCAAACAUUCUUGCAUGCACUCAAAAUAUCAUUUGGUGUUGGUUUCGGCAGUGUCCACUGCGUCUGUGGGUCGUGGGAGAGAGCUUUGUUCUGAGCGGCAUUAUCGUGAAAUUGUUCGUCUUACCUGAGUCUUGGUCAGGCCAGGCUAAGUGCGGUUGAGAUGGACAGCGAAGGGAGGAAAGUGGUCGUUUGCGACAAUGGGACCGGGUUUGUCAAAUGUGGCUUUGCGGGUUCCAACUUUCCUGAGCACAUCUUCCCCGCCAUGGUCGGGCGGCCCACCAUUCGGUCCUCCACCAAAGUGGGCAACAUCGAGAUCAAGGACCUGAUGGUGGGGGAGGAGGCCAGUGAGCUGCGGCAGCUGCUGGAGGUGUCCUACCCCAUGGAGAACGGCAUGGUGCGCUGCUGGGAAGAUAUGCUCCACCUGUGGGACCACACCUUCGGCCCUGACCGCCUCAACAUCAGCCCGCCCGACUGCAAGAUUCUGCUGACGGAGCCUCCCAUGAACCCCCUGAAGAACAGGCAGAAGAUCACGGAGGUCAUGUUCGAGACGUACCAGUUUCACGGCAUCUACGUCGCCAUCCAGGCCGUGCUUACUCUCUACGCACAAGGGCUGUUGACGGGAGUGGUGGUGGACUCUGGAGAUGGAGUCACACAUAUCUGUCCCGUGUACGAGGGCUUCUCACUGCCCCACCUCACACGCAGACUGGACAUUGCCGGACGGGACAUCACACGCUAUCUCAUUAAGCUGUUGCUGCUGAGGGGCUAUGCCUUUAACCACUCUGCGGACUUCGAGACGGUGCGCAUGCUAAAGGAGAAGCUGUGCUUUGUGGGCUACAACAUCGAGCAGGAGCAGCGGCUCGCCAACGAGACCACCAUCCUGGUGGAGUCUUACACGCUCCCUGACGGCCGUGCGGUGAAGGUGGGCGGUGAGCGUUUCGGGGCUCCUGAGGCUCUCUUCCAACCGCACCUCAUCAACGUGGAGGGAGUGGGCGUGGCAGAGCUGCUCUUCAACACCAUCCAGGCUGCCGACAUCGACAUCAGGUCAGACCUCUACAAGCACAUUGUGCUGUCGGGAGGCAGCACCAUGUAUCCCGGCCUGCCCUCCCGUCUGGAGCGGGAGAUUAAACAGCUGUAUCUGGAGAGAUGCCUCAAGGGAGACACUGAGGCCUUAUCUAAGUUCAAGAUCCGCAUUGAGGACCCUCCAAGUCGCAAGCACAUGGUGUUCAUGGGUGGGGCAGUGUUGGCCAACAUCAUGAAGGACAAGGAGUCCUUCUGGCUCAGCCGUGCCGACUACCUGGAGAAGGGCAUCAACGUGCUGGAGAAGCUGGGGGGCAAAACUAACUAGAGGCAGAAGGAGGGAUAGAAGGAGGGGCAGAAGGAGGGAUAGAAGGAGGGAUGGAUGGGCGGAUACAGAUGAUUCUGUCUUUUAGUUGGAUGUGCUAUGGUGUAGAUAGACAGAUAGAUGCUAAGGUGUAGAUAGAUAGAUAGAUAGAUGCUAGGAUGUAGAUAGAUAGAUAGAUAGAU